GCUGUUUCCUGGGCUGGGCCUCGAAGUCGGAAUGGACGUCCUUUCUUUCGCUUCCCGUCUGGUCCCCUUCCGAGUUCCGACUUCGACUCCCACCGCUGCCGGCGGCGCUGGCUAGGUGAGGCUAGCGGCGGCUCUCUGCUUCAGCCGGAGCGCUACUCGGUGCUGCCCCUCCUCCUCGCCUCCUGGCCUCGCAGGAGGACAGAGAUUCUAAAAUUCAGUACAAACUGACGACCUACACAUUCGGAGCUUGGCAUGGCGCUGUCAGUGUCCAUAUAGCUGCCUCAAUGGCGCUGAAGGUUGCGUAUCGCAUACGCUUUGCGAGAUGGCACCUGCUAUCAGGCAGACUCAUGUACUGUUCGUGCCCAGAUUCGCCCUCCGCGCGGGCUUCUGCCGAGAGAGCAAGUUCUUCCGAGUUUGAUUCUGCGAUCCGGUCACUCAAGGACAGUCUCCGGCCAGAGAGUCUAGCCCGGAUUCUCGAUUCCACGUCCGAUUCGAGCUUGGCACUUAGGAUCUUCAGAUGGGCUUCGCAUCAGAGGUAUAACAUCCAGACGGUUGAUACCUACAGCUGUAUGAUCUCCAGGCUUACUGUUGUGGAAAAUCGUGAUGAGAUGGACAGCCUCCUCAGUGAGAUGGUCAGGCUGAGGGUUCCUGCGCUGGAGCAGGCCCUUAAUAAAUUAGUUGAGUCCCUGAGCAGUAAGAACCGAUGUGAUGAAGCUUUGCUGGUAAUACAGCAUGCUAGAUCUGCGAAGCUUAAGUUGUCAGUCUCAGCUUGCAACGGAGUGCUGCAUGGUAUGGUCAGGCAAGGAAGGGGUUUGCGGUUGUUCAUGCUUGCGUACACGGAGAUUAUCAAGGCGGGAGUCCUCCCUGAUGUGGAGGCAUUGAAUUUUCUGAUCCAGGCUUUGUGUGAGUCUGGUCGUUUAGAUCUGGCACUGAUUCAGUUUGACAGGAUGAACAAGAAGAGGUGUACUCCUAAUAGUCAUACGUUUGAGAUACUGAUCACAGCACUUUGUUUCCACAGCAGAGCAGAUGAAGCGGUCAAGCUCUUUGAUAAGAUGCUGCAACUUAGAUGCUCCCCUGAUAGCAGCUUCCAUGCUCAAGUGAUGCCCCUGUUUUGCAAGUUCAGUAAAGUUAAGGAGGUGAUUACGUUGCAUCGAAUAAUGAAAGAAGGCAACAUUCAGUUGAGUCUGCAGUUGUACAGUGCCUUGGUUAGAUGUUUAUGUGAGAAUGAACUACUGGAUGACGCUACCAUAGUGUUCAAAGAGAUGGUAGCAUCAGGUCAUGCUCCAAUGGCAAUUACAUAUGUGGACAUGAUAAAUUGCUACUGUACAAAAUCCAAGUUCCACAACGCUAUGAUCUUUCUAGAGGAAAAUGGUGUCACUGAAUUAGAACCAUAUAAUGUGCUCCUGACAUGGUUGUGUAGAAAUGACAGGCUGCAGGAUUCAGUAAACUAUCUUGAGAAAUUGCACAGCAGAGGUUUUGUUGAUUGUGAGUCAUGGAACAUUGUUAUAACUCAGUUCUGCAAUGAAGGAAACAUCAGAAGAGCAUUUGAGCUCAUUGGUAGAAUGGUUGUUUCUUCAUUUGCACCAGAUAAGACUACCUAUUCUGCUGUUAUAUCUUGUUACUGUCGAUUAGGAUCUUACAUAGAUGCCUUGAGUAUGUUCAGAAGGGUAAGUAUUAGCAACAUGUCUUUGAAUUCGGAAUCUUUCUCACAGCUUGUAGAGGUUUUGUGUCACUCAAAGAGGAUCAAAGAAGCUAUCGAAGUUUUUAAAUAUCACUAUAAUAGAGGUUGCAGUCUGACAAACAAGUCACUUGAUAUGCUAAUUCAAGGGAGUUGCUUGUCUGGAAAGAUUCAAGAAGCAGUCAAAUUGCGCACGUUGGCUGUUUCUGUUUGCACAGGCACUUUUUGUACAUUCUCCACUUAUGACAUAAUUAUCCAAGCACUGUUCCAUUUGAAGGAGGGGAAACAUGUAUUGGCUCUCUUUGCACAAAUGUUGAUGGAAGGUUGUCCAUUGGAUGGGUAUGCAUACAAUAUUCUGUUGCGCUCUUUCCUCACCAAGGAAACAAUUAUUGAGGCUGCUAUCUUGUUCAACAGAAUGGUUAACCAUUCCUUUUUUCCUGACCAAGAGACGUUUGAAUUAUUAGUCAAUGAUAUGGCCUUGUUUUCUUUUCUUAAUAUGGUUGCACAAAGUUUACUGAAAGUGGUAGAUGCAAGUGGAACAGUGAGCCCUAGAAUGUAUAACAUUAUUAUUUACGGACUUAUUAAAGAAGGCUUCAAGAGUGAGGCAUGCAAGUUUCUAGACCAAAUGCUGGAAAAGGGGUGGGUGCCUGAUUCAAGGACACAUCGUGUCUUGGUCGGCAGCUCUGAUCUGGUGGAGGCUAGAGAACUUGUUGAAGCCUACCAGACAGUGGAUGGUGAUAAUGUGGCCAACAUAUUGUUGGAAGGACUAGAUUGAGGUCUGUGACAUGUUUUGGUUUACUGUUGUAGGGAAAGGAUAUACCAGUGCUGACAGUGUUUCCAGGUAAAGUUUUCAUGAAAUACUGUCAGUAAUGAAUACUGGUAGCAGAAUCUAGAAAAGUAGAAAAACCUGUAGCAGAAAAGAUAAGGGAGUUGUACAUACUUGAAAGACCUUCAGCAAAGAUGAAAACGGCAAAUUGCUCUGGAUAACGUCCUGUACUUUUCAGACAUUAUCGUGCCAUUUCUAAGGAAAAAAAACACAAUCUUUGCCAUCA